GCAGGGAUACUGCAAGCACAGCAUUUCCUGGAAAAAGAAUUUACACUUGUGAAGAGAUAUUCUUUGUAUACUUUAUAUCACAAAACGAACUUUCCAUCACAUUUUCUUAAUAGAUUUAGAUUUCUAUGAGCAUAUAGUUGUUGAUGUGCUGCAAAGCAAAAAGCUGCAAAAGUUAAUUUGAAAUCCUCAACUUCUGUUCUUUACAACAUUAAAGAUAAUGCAAGUAUUUACCACAUAUACUUCAUGUGGGUUUAUAAAAGUGUGCAUAUAUAUUGCUUGGCAUUGCUUGUUGUUAGCUAGAAUUCAUUAAAAAAUAAAAUGUUUUUCUCCUCAGCCUUUUUGAUGCUGUAUAUUCGUUGAUCAAAAACAAAAUCCACAGAUUGCCAGUUAUAGAUCCAGUCAGUGGAAAUGCACUUUAUAUACUUACCCAUAAAAGAAUCCUCAAGUUCCUCCAGCUUUUUAUGUCAGAGAUGCCAAAGCCUGCCUUUAUGAAGAAGAAUCUGGAUGAACUUGGAAUAGGAACUUAUCACAACAUUGCCUUCAUACAUCCAGACACUCCUAUCAUUAAAGCCUUGAAUAUAUUUGUAGAGCGAAGGAUAUCGGCAUUACCUGUUGUGGAUGAGUCAGGAAAAGUUGUAGAUAUUUAUUCCAAAUUUGAUGUAAUAAAUCUUGCUGCUGAAAAAACAUAUAAUAACUUAGAUAUCACGGUGACACAAGCCCUACAGCACCGCUCUCAGUAUUUUGAAGGUGUUGUAAAGUGUAGUAUGCUGGAAACACUGGAGACCAUUGUGGAUAGAAUAGUGAAGGCUGAGGUUCAUCGUUUGGUGGUAGUGAAUGAAGCUGAUAGCAUUGUGGGUAUCAUCUCCCUUUCUGACAUCCUACAAGCUCUGGUACUCACACCUGCAGGUGCCAAACAAAAGGAGAACGAGAGCGAAUGACUGCUGUGAAUGUACACGUUUGUAGGAGAACUUGAACAGAGUUUCUGGGUCCUUUGUCUCAAGAGCAGUGACUGCAGUGGAACAGAGCAGGAUGGUUGAGAAUGUGUUUUGGGACUUAGUGAUGGAUGAUGAGUCUCUUCCCCCCAGUGAUGUCGCAAAAAAAGCAGCAUGACAAAAGCUUAUGUUAAAAUGUAGGCUCGUAUUUCAAAAUGUCUUCAAAACAUUUGCUGGAAGACUUCACAUGAUGUCCUUCAUUAAAAUGCACUGUAUUCUGAAACUUUUUCAUUUUGUAUUUGACAGAAGUCACUGGUCAGCAAUGGAUAUAUGUGACAUAAGGCAAGUGUAUGGCAUAUUCAUAUCAUAGUGCCUUAUGUCAAAAUACAGCAAUAUGUCAUCACUGUUGCCCAUCACUGUCAAAGGAAGUGUUGUGCUAAACGAGACACUGUAUUUGAAUGUGAAAGUCUUUAAACCUAAAACCAAAUCAGUUUCAGUUCUCAUUAGAUUUGUCAUAAAAGCUGUAAUUUGGGUAUCAGUAGACUUCUUUAAAACUUCAAUGACAGUUUUGUGUUCAAUGUUGCAUUCUGAACUGAAAUGUAAAACAAGACUGAUUUAAAAACAGCUUUAUUUAUUUUUACUUUCAUGACAAUUUUUUACACAUCUUUGGUGGAUAGCUAAAAUUUCACCAUAUCCAUUAAUAAACUGUUGAUUGUUAUACAAACAAGUGGGAGAUUUUUCUCAUUAUUUAAAACUUUGGAGUUGCAGAAAGAAGCUGUGCCCUGUUCACCAGUCUGUGUUACUUGAGCUGAAGAUUUCAGAAGCAUGGAUUGAAAGUGCUCUGUCCUGUCAUACACAGGCACCACGGAGGAAAUGAGGUGCCAGAGGACAUUUUCACCUGUAUUAAAGUGUAAAAUGAUGUUUGUACAACAAAAACCUGAAACUUUUUAUUGUAUAUGAUUUGUACAGAAGUGGAGGAGUGAGGAAAGCCGUGGGGUAUUUGCUAAUGUAAAUGUACUGUAAAGUUUGAAGAUGAGACUUUUAUAAUUGUAGAUUCUUGUAGAUGCAAGAAAUUAAACCCUACAACAUCA